AUGAGGUUAUUAUUUUCAUUCGUAAUAUCUUCUUUCAUAAUAAUAGGAACGAGAUCUCAAAAUUUGAAGUUAACAACACAAGUGGAAGAAAUCAAUAUAGACGAUGAAGACGUGGGACAUGUGGUAACAACAGAGCAAGUUCUGGAUCCAAAAAUAAAACUUGUCAAUUCAGCAGAUAUCGACGAGGAUGACGAAGAGGCGGAUCCGAGUUGGGAUAAGAAUUCAGCAAUAUGCGACGUUGCCUACUUUCUGCGUGCUCACAAGUUUGAGGACUAUGAUAGAAGAUAUUUUACUGAGAUUAGCGAGUCUCCGAAACGGCAUUUCCAAGAAUUUCCGAAGCCGCAACUUAAAGCGCUGCACUGGGAAGUUCACAAGGAGUGUGAAGCAGGCUUUGUACAGUGCCUUAAGUAUCUUCAAAGGAUCGCGAAUCUCAUGGCUCUGAGGCGAAAAGCUGACACCGUCACGGUUAUGUGGGAGAACAAUUGGAGUCUGACUAACAAUACGCAACAGAUAUUCAGAGCCCAAAAGGAGUGUCAGCUGGCACAGAAGAGAGACGAGAUCACCCACGUGCCGUUCCAAGGACCACUUGAACGAUUUCAAUGGCGCACGUCCGCAAGUUACUACAUGUGUUGGUUCACAAUGCUCGGUACGCCUGAAUUGACCCAUUUUGGACAACCGUGUGAUAACCAUGCCGAUUGCUUGGGAAUUUAUGGAGCUCAUAACAAAGAUCCAAGAGCAGAAGAUAAAAAACCCUUUGCCUGUGCACUCUACAGCUUUUGCCCCGAUACCUGCUGUCCUAUAAAACAUAUCUGGUAUUGGAAAGAUUGUUUCCAGUCCAAGGUGAAUCCUUGUUACGACGAAAAUCCUCCAGCAAAUCGCAAGUGUUAUCUCAACCGCGAGCAGAACCGAGAUUUUAAAUCCUUGAUGAAAAACGAAAUCAACGUAACUUGCAAGUGUUCAGAUGCAGGAUACGAGUGGUCCUCCAGAUUUGGUUUGUGCGUGGACGUGAAUGAGUGCGGUAGAGAAACUCACAAUUGUUAUCUGAAAUCAGGACAAAGCUGUUUAAACCUGCCUGGAAAUUUUGACUGUGUCUGUCGUAUCGGUUACAUUUAUAACCCACAAGAAAAAAAGUGUCAAUCGAGUUCUAAACUAGAAAACCUGUUAGGAAAAUUAACUAGAAAGCAUAAAAAUGAGACUGAAAUUAAGAGCAUUUUUGCUUUGAUUUUUGAAAAAUUAGGCAAAUCAUCUGGCAGUGUUUCUAGUAUAAGCUCUUUACUCUUUAUGGAGUUUAUAGUUAUAAUGAAUAAAACAAUUCUUUAUUCUCUGUUGGUUUUAUUCAAAUAA